AAUCCCCACUUCCCAAAAUCGUCCAUCACUCUUCUCCAACCGAAAGGCCUCGUCCCGUUCCGACAUGAGCCGCAAUCGGGACUACGGCGGGUCCUCCUCUCGCUACGCGAACGCCGGCACCUUCUCCAUCCCCGACUCCGAUUUCCAGCGCAGCGACACGCUCAAGCGACGUCGACAGCUUUCCCCUCCGCGUGCAGUCGCCUCCACUUCUCGCCGUUCUGCAGCUGCCAACGGAACAAUCACCAUGCGGGCCAGGUCCAAGUCCAAGUCGCGUGCACGAGCCAUGGCUCGCAAAACGCCAGGCCAAGAGUUCAUCGCACUAGGCAGCAAUCGCGCAGCCAGCGCCACCACGAUGAACACCAACAAGGCCAGGUACUACAAUCGACCUGAGCCGUACCAGUCUGCGCCUCCACCCCCGUCGACAACUGCAGCCAGAGCGCGAUCUCGCUCGCCCGGUGCGCGUAAGAGCCGUUGGGACAAUGGACCGCAGUCGGCGAGUACAGACCGCCGCAACCUGUCGCCAGUAUCGACCAGAACGCGCUCCAAGUCGGUCACAAGAGAAAAACACGACACAGAGGCGGCAAUUCGUCAUAGUCAGAGAGAACGCUCCAAAUCAGCGGCCAGACGCACUGGUGGGGCGCCCAUGCGCAGUCGGAAGGAGCAAACGACGUCAUAUAGAGGCAGUAGAGCCACAGAGAGCACUGAAACUCGUAGUGGAAAGAAACGGGAGCGGUCCAAGUCCAAAACGCGCGAGCGUGGACAGGAACGGGAGCGAUCUCCGAGUCGUGGACGACGUUCUAGACGCUCGAGAGCUGUUGACACUAGCGACGAAGAGGAGAAAUCGGCUAGAAAGUCCUCGCGUAGUGGUCGACGUAGCGGUAGUAGUCUCCAGGAGAUCGAGGACGCCAUUGCAGACACUGAACAGGAAUUAGAGCCGAAGAAAAAGGAGCUGGACGAACUCAAAGAGCAACUGGAAAAGCUUAAGAAGCGCGUCGAGAACAAAUCGAUCGAGGUGUACGACAUUGAGGUGGAGCUGGAUAUGUUGAAAAUGCGUCGAAAGCGGCGGCUGUCAACGCAUCGCAGUGAUAGCAGUCGAGAGGAUAAAAACUCGAGACGAUCCAGGAGCAGGAGCAAGAGCAAACGACGUGAAACUCGACGAUCCAGUAGCCACUCGCGAGCUUCCAAGCGUCCGUGCAUCGUGGAUGAAGACGACGAAGGCAGUGAUGACGAUGACUGUGUCAUUAUCGACCCAAAUGAAGUGAAACAAGAAUUAGAGAACAAUGCUGCGUCAACCAAGAGUGCAGUCGUUCCAGUGGAAGACUCGAUGCCUGACCACUUCUGGGGUCGCUCUAAUGUACCGAAACUACUGGCAAACCACCGCUUCCGUGCCAUUCCAGACGGCAGCUCUCGCAAGGGCCGUCAUCUAGCCUUUAACCCGAUCCAGCCCCAAAUCUUCGCUACAAGCCCUGACGAAGGUGGGCUUAUUUUGUGGAGCUACCAACGUCAGGACCAAGACAUCGCCAAGGUUGUGACUCUCACGCCACCUUCAUUCCGUCGUGAUAAUCCUUGUGCCGAGGCCAUCUCAUGGAGUCCCGAUGGCAACCGAAUGGCGAUGGCUUUCCGUGAUCCUUUGGAGGAAAAGGGAGAGUUCUGCAUUGUGCAGCUCCAUCAGCUCAAACUGGAAGACAGCGACAUGCCACAGCCCAUUCCACGUGACCGUAUGACAUCAAAGCGCACUGUUCUGCAUUCACGGGGUAUUUCUGCGAUCGACUGGGUGCCAAGUGGGUUUGGAUCGGAGACUACAAGCCAUCAACUGGUCACUACGGGCAACUCGGACCAUGCCGUUGUACUCUGGCAAGAACACGAAGACAGUCAGAAUGGUGGCUUGGACUUGAAGUUUACUGUGCUGCACCGAGACCACCGCAGUGAAGUCAAGUCGCUCUGUGUUCACUCUCAACGCGACUGUCUGUAUACUGGUGGCCUUGACGGAUUGUUGAUCCGCUACGACAUCAAGAAGGGUCGCACUGAAGUUGUGAUGGAGCGUCGCAAACCUAGCAUCUCCAAGAUCAACGCGGUGCUGGAGCAUCCACACAAUCCAAAUCUCCUGUUGGUCAGCUCCGUGGAGCAGAGUAGACACAAUUUGUUGAUGCACGAUCUGCGUCAGCGCUACGACCGCAACGGGAUGUCACUGACAUGGGAAGGAAGCUCCAUGAGUCAGUAUGUUGUGCCCCGGUGGUCGCCGGCAGGUUAUCACGUCUCGUGUGGCAGCAAGACCGGUGUGGUGAACAUCUGGGACGUGCGUAUGCGUGGUGAAAACUACCCUGCGGUGCUGCCGCAGCAAUCUCUUCGCGUGCACCAUAAAACGGUGUUGCACGCUACGUGGCACCCGCGAUACGACGCCAUGUUCAGCGUCUCCCACGACCGAACGCUCGGUUUGCUCACGUUCCGAUAAGCUGGAAAGUGCUCUUGUUGCAGAGUUUAGUUUAGGUUAAUGUAGAGCGAUGCAAUUCACCACGACUGGACAGUGCUUUUGAGCUGGUCACUGCAAUUUUGAAGUUGCGUCUGAUGCUGUAGUGGCUUUUGCACCUAAAAACACGGCGCUGUAUUCUUGUUAUCGA